UCUAGGCAAUUUUCUUCUGUGGACUGUGGUACACGUACAUGUAAGGAUACAAUAUCUAUAAAUCUCCAGUCUUUAGUUGGCUCUUUCUCUCUAUAUAUAUUGCUUGCUCUCUCAGCCAUAUGGAAAGAGAAUAAUAGCAUUAGCAAGAUUCUGAGGUUUCUUUAUAUAACAUAAAGGGAACAGUGUCAUAAGAAAAGGGGCAAAACACAAAAAUAUGGAGAGGGAGAGUGAUGUUGUAAAGGUAUCAAAAUUCAAGAGGAUUUGUGUGUUUUGUGGGAGUAGUCAAGGCAAGAAGAGUAGCUAUCAAGAUGCUGCUAUUCAGCUUGGCAAAGAAUUGGUCUCAAGGAAUAUUGAUUUGGUAUAUGGAGGAGGGAGCAUAGGUCUAAUGGGUUUGGUUUCACAAGCCGUUCAUGAUGGUGGUCGCCAUGUUAUUGGAGUCAUUCCCAAGACACUCAUGCCUAGAGAGUUAACUGGUGAAACAGUAGGAGAAGUGAAGGCUGUUGCAGAUAUGCAUCAAAGGAAAGCAGAAAUGGCUAAGCAUUCUGAUGCUUUUAUUGCCUUACCAGGUGGUUAUGGAACUCUUGAGGAGCUACUUGAAGUGAUAACCUGGGCACAACUUGGCAUCCACGAUAAGCCGGUAGGAUUGCUGAAUGUGGAUGGAUAUUACAAUUCAUUGUUGUCAUUUAUCGACAAAGCUGUCGAAGAAGGUUUCAUCUGUCCAAAUGCCCGCCACAUCAUUGUAUCAGCACCAACACCAAAAGAGCUAGUCAAGAAAUUGGAGGAAUAUGUCCCUUGCCAUGAAAGAGUUGCGUCUAAGUUGAGCUGGGAGAUGGAGCAGCUUGGCUACCCUCAAGCACAAGAAAUGGCAAGAUGAACGUUGGAUUUGCAGCGUAAAGUUUCGCGUUAGGACAUGAAAAUAUUGAAUUUGAACAAGCUAGCCUGAAAUUCGUAUUUUUGUUGUGGGGGAAGGGUGUUCUUUUUUGUUAUUCACCCUGUAAAUUUCUCUAGAAUUGGCUAUAUAUCUCACCCCCCCUGUUCUCUUCAAGUGGAAAUUUCCUUAAUAUACUGUAAGCUGUAACUAUUAAGAUAUGCAUUUGUAUUUAUUUCCUAA